GCGUGUGUGUGCGCACUUAUGUUUAUAUAACUUUAUGUAGCCCCUGCUACAUGUGUUCAUGUGUUGUUGUAGUGCUGGUGGUUGGUUUAAUUGUUAUUGAUGUAUAAUAGUUUGUGUUGGGAGACGAAGAGAGGAAGACUAAGUGGCACAAAGGAUUGUGUGUGAAAAGUCUGAAAAUUGGUUAUCAUGAUUUAUUGAGUUAAUAGACUGCGGUGUUAUAUUAAAGGGUAACUCCGGAAAAGAAAACGAAUCGGGUUUGGUUGGUUUACUCUGGUUACCUCAUUGAGAGAAGAAGUUGCAAGUGUGAGGAAGACGCAUUCACACAGGGUUGUUCCCGCUGCAGCCAAAGCUGAGGUAGCAUAAGAUAAGUGUCUAGGACUUGAAACACCGGGAAAGGACCGCAGGAUUAGCUGCACGCAGACAGAGCGUCAGUCUGGGAUUCGCACUGCCUUCAUCGGAGAGACAGAACUGGAGGACUGGUUGUUGAGCGUUGGAGAGUUUCGAAGGAGCAGUUUGGUGAGGAGAAUGGGGGAAAUCACCACAUAUGCCGACAACGUCACAGAUUUUUACAUGGAAUCGUACAGUGACUACACUGUCACACUGGAGGAGUUGUGCGAAAGCAGCCACAGCCAGGCGCUCUUGAUCAAGGUGGUACAGCUGUGCAUCUUCUCGGUGGUCUUCCUAGUUGGGAUCCUCGGCAACAUGCUGGUGAUAGCCACGUUCGCGCUCUACCGCCGCCUGCGCCUUCGCUGCAUGACGGACGUCUUCCUGCUGCACCUGGCAGUGAGCGACCUGCUGCUGCUGCUCACACUGCCCCUGCAGGCCGCCGACACGCUCCUGGACCGCUGGGAGUUCGGCAGCAUCCUUUGCAAGGUCAUGCGCGGCCUCUACGCCGUCAAUACCUACAGCGGCCUGCUGCUGCUAGCUUGCAUCAGCGUGGACCGCUAUGUGGUGAUCGUGCAGACGCGCGCCGCCCAGCGUCUCCGCCACUAUCACCUGCUCUACAGCUCGCUGGCCGCCAUCUGCGUGUGGUUCACCGCCGGCCUCCUCAGCCUGCCUGAGAUCAUCUCCGUGGGUGUGGACACCCAGAAGCUGGAGCAGCGGUGCGAGCACCAGCUUGAGUGGAAGAUCAAGAUAGCCACGUGGGCCACCCAGAUCGCAGGGUUCUGCCUGCCCUUCCUGGCUAUGCUCGUGUGCUACUCCCUGAUCGGCCGUACUCUGCUGCAGGGCCAGGGCUGGCGCCGCCAACGAACGCUACGUCUUCUCCUUGUGCUCGUGCUGGUCUUCUUGGUCUUCCAGCUGCCCUACACCAUAGUCCUCUCGCUGAAGAUGGCGAAGAACUCCCACAACAACCCGGGGAAUGCCUGCGAGCACUGGAAAGCCACCUUGAUAGCUGAGUACAUCACGUGCAGCCUGGCGUACAUGCGCUGCUGCCUGAACCCCCUGCUGUACGCGCUGGUGGGCGUGCGCUUUCGCAACGAUGUGCUCAGACUGCUCCAUGAUGUGGGAUGCAUCAGAUGGGGCCCAUGUGGUCGCAGCCUGGUUUCAGCCUCCGACAGUUGUGUCUCCACUUCCGCCACAUCCCCAUUGCCAACCGUCAAGUCCGUCAUGGGUUCCACAUCAGAGCAGCUCCUCUCCCCAGCUCCAAGCAUCCAGAUGAACUUCACCACCUCUCCAGUGUAUUAAAUCCAUCUCCAUCUGCCUAUGCCCUGCAAAUUCUACAUACUUUCAGGUCACCUGUCCUGGUUUCCACCAUAAACCAGACUGCAUUACAAAAUGAAACUAUGAACUGGAAACAAAUGUAGAUGUAUGCUAUGAGUUAUACUGUGAAUGCUUUGUAGUUCUAGGCUGUAAUACUUUUUUAAAUCUAUGCCUACAUUUUACGCAGUUUUCAAGAUCAGUCAGACAAUUGAGUUUGACAAUUUUUUUAAACAUAAACAAG